AUGGUCACAUCUACGAAACCGCGCGUUAGCCCUUCGGAACCAUUUCGCGACAAAGACAUUGAGGAAGUCAAAUCCGUUACCAUGUGUAGCUUCAGAGGCAAGGCAUUUCUCAAGCAUGCCUUACCCCUCAAGUCGCUCCAGUUUGGGCGGCUUGAAUAUUUGGGUGACGGCAUGCCGGACCUGUCCGCAGCCAUGCACUUGAGGCAGAACUUGAAUGGAACAGGAUGGAACAUGCAAUCCUUAUCCAAUGCUUCAAACAGCUUCUUCGGACAGGUGGUCUAUGCGCUUGGGCUUUGCAAGUGUGUAUGGUCUGGCAUUGAUGCAUUGAUGACAUUGAACAACAUAGAAUAUUUGAAACACCUGGGAUUUACCAAUGUAUUGAAUACCCUCAUUUCAGACAAUCAGCCACCAAAUUAA